UGACAGUGCGGAGUCCUGCUCACUUCCAGUUUUGUUUUGUUUUGUUUUGAGAAAUUACUUAUUUAUGUAGCUUGAAAUGAAAAACUGUUAGUGUAUAUUAAAAGUGCAAACAACAUUUUCAUUAGUUAAUAAUUGAAUUCAAUUCACACCAAGGCUAUAAUCCCCUUUAAGUAUGGAGGGAAAGGUUAAUACUUCUGGAGACAAAGAAUUGGACGAAAAACUUCUCCAACCGUUCAGCUACAUUCUACAAGUGCCAGGAAAGCAGAUUAGGGCCAAAUUAGCACAUGCUUUCAACAACUGGCUGAAAAUACCCUCAGAUAAACUACAUAUUGUGGGUGAGAUUGUACAGAUGCUUCACAACUCAAGUCUCUUAAUUGACGAUAUCCAGGAUAAUUCAAUCCUAAGGAGGGGAAUCCCUGUUGCUCACUCAAUUUACGGUGUGGCAAGUACAAUUAAUGCAGCUAAUUAUGUGAUAUUCCUGGCUGUCGAGAAAGUGCUGCGACUGGAGCACCCAGAGGCAACUAAGGUUUGCAUUGAACAACUGCUUGAACUCCACAGAGGACAAGGAAUUGAGAUUUAUUGGAGAGACAACUUCCAUUGUCCAUCCGAAGAGGAAUACAAACAGAUGACAGUUAGAAAAACUGGUGGAUUGUUUAUGCUUGCAAUUAGACUAAUGCAGCUUUUUAGCGAGAACAAGUCUGACUUUACUAAACUAGCAAGCAUAUUGGGCCUCUACUUCCAGAUCAGGGAUGACUAUUGCAAUCUCUGUUUACAAGAAUACUCUGAAAAUAAGAGCUUUUGUGAAGAUCUCACUGAAGGAAAGUUUAGCUUCCCUAUAAUCCAUGCCAUCAAGAGCAGGCCUGAUGACCGACAGGUGAUUCAUAUUCUAAGGCAACGGACACGAGACGUAGAAGUGAAACGUUACUGUAUCACGCUGCUGGACAAAUUCGGCUCAUUCGCCCACACAAGAGAAACCUUGCUCCAAUUGGACAGAGAGGCUCGUGAUGAAGUCUCCAGGAUGGGUGGAAACCCUCUUAUGGAGGAGAUCUUGGACGAACUGUUGAAUUGGGACCGACCUAAAUAAGGUAGACUUUUCUGUCUUAUAGUGAGCUGAAGGCUGAGGGACUAGUCCAAGAUACCACCAAAGGAUGGCAACGACAAUAAUAUUAGCAUUUCUGCUUUUUAGGGGCUAUUUAGAAUUUAUGGUAUACUUCUUCCAUGUAUGUUGAUAAAGUUUAUUAAGAAAACAUUUACAUUUAUAAAUAUCUCCAUUCAACACAUUUUCAAUUUAUUGUGCCAAAUUAAGUAUUAUUUAUUCCAUAGAAGGGAUGUGUGGAUAUUGUUUUUAAGAUUAGUGUGGAUGUGUUUGUUGGGGUUUAAACUAUGUAACUGUUAUUUUAUAAUUAAUCACUAUGUAUAUUUAUUUAAUCACUGUUGUUAUUUAUUUAAUCUUUAAUCAUACAUGCUUAUUAGUUAGUACCUUAAUUAUUAUAUCCUUAAUUUAAAAUGUUGGCAAAAUAUAAAAUUAUCUUCUAAAAUCAGAUUUAGCAACACUGCCAAUCAUAUCAAACCUGUAUUAUAUUUAAGUAAUGUGCAAUUUAUAAAUUUUAUAGUCAUCACUCAUCAUGUAACCUAACCAAGGUGUUUUCUCCUUUUGUACUUAGAUCUUAUAACUAACUAUAUCUAUAAAACAGUCAAAUUAGGCGUUGAAACAUUGCUAUUUAAAUAUGUUGUUAAUUUAUUUACAAAUUGCUGUAGAUACUAGAUAUAGAUUGUAUUAAUAUUUUAGUCAUGAAUUAAAGUAAUUUUGAUGCAUGGUAGUGCCCAUUUAAAAUGUCAACUAAAUUUGUUCUUACUGUUCCAUAAACUUUCUGGUAGCAACGCCCUAAACAAUAUUAUUAGGUAUUUAUGAAGUAGUUUGAAUUGAAUAUUUACAUUAGCUAAAUUUAAGAGCCAUGCUUGAUAAUAGUUAGCCUAAAUAAAAGUUCACUAUCUUAAAAGUUCAUCUCUCUUUUUCUUUUUCUUCAAGCCUAUCAAUGCUAUAUUGCCUUUUACCGGAAUCUUCAACAUUAAGGAGAUUAUUUUUUAACUAUGGGUCUGUCAUGAGAAUUAUAUUUAUCCUAUAUACCUAUUAGUUAUUAUUCGUAUUAAGACUAAUUGACCUUUUAUUUAGGCCUAAUACCACUCAUUAAAUGGUAACGCAGACAAUAAUUAUAAGUGCUGAACUGUAAUUAAAAGUUGAACUAAAUCUUUGAACCAUUCAUUGUCCAGAAUACCCAUUUUGACUAUUUUACCUCAACAAUUUGUAAAUACUCUGGACAUUUUUGUAUUUCCCUUGAUGAAUAAUUGAUCAUGAUAAAUCUUGAGCUUGGACUAAAUCGAAUGUAGAAUGCUUUCAUAAUUGUAAUUUUUGCUUAAUUUGUUUUAUAAAUUAGUUUUAAAAGCCAAGUAUUGAACCACAGGAAGAUUCAAUUUAAGAAUUGUUUGCAUAGGUAUAUAUAGAACAAUGUAAAGGUCAUGUAAUGAUACGGAAAACUUUACCGGGGUGACUUAAUGAGAGAGGUGAGUAAAAAAAAGUGUGAACAUCAAAACUCUUUUGGUGUAAUCAUCCUAAAUGUUCAUUUGCUAAAAUAUUGCUCCAAGCUGUUAAAAAUGUUUACCUUUUUGAGCAAGAAAAUUUACUAAGAUAGAAACUUUUAACUUAUUUGGGCUAAAAACUGUAAAUGGUUUGGUAGAAGAGUCCCAAAACGGUGCAUUGAAUAUUACAAUUUAGUUGUUAAAAAGUAUUGUGGAAGGAUUGGUCUUGAAUAAAAAAAAAAAUAAAAAUUUCAAAAUGUAGAACAAUACAGAUUAUAUGGUGGUAAUUUCUUUUACAAAACUGUUUAUAGAUUAACUGGAACCAAGUGGACCAUGGUUUUAACUAAAAAAUUAUAAUUAAAUAUUUAUAUAUUCAUAUUGUUUAGUUUUAAGUUUAGUUGUAAAUAAUAUCAUAAAUCAUAAAAGUCAUGUACAAACAAAAAAUGUGUCAUGUGAUGUUUCCUGUGGUGUUUUAAUUGUUUAUGUAGCAUUAGUUUAGUUUGUUUUAAACAUUUUGCAUUGUACUUAAUUAAGCUGAAAGGUUUUAGUAUUUGGUUAUUAUAAUCAUGUCUAACUGUUUUAAUUUAAAUUUGAUUUAUAUAGAUCUUGCAAUGCUUAGUAGAAGUACACUAAUAAAUCUAUUCUGGCAUAUUGUGUAAUGUAUCUUUUUUCAUUACUUAUGUGAUACUUCCAAUCCAAGAUAAAAACAACUCCAGCUUUUGGCAAAACAGCUUGACUACUAAUAAUAAAUACAGUAGAUAUUCGCUAAUCCGGCCCGCGCAAGCCUUUGGCGUUACCGGAUUUUUGAACCUUUUCUAAAAACUGUUAUCAUUGCUUGACUAGCGGGAAAACUGCUAAAUAAAAAAUUUCAACUGACCGAGCAACUGCCAACGUCUUGAAGCGAUUGCUACCGAUACCGACUUCUGUCAUACAUGCUGAAUGACUUAAAUCAGCAUUAAAAGAACACUUACAGACCUUUAAAUCAAUGUCGGAUUAUUAAAAGUGCUGAAUCACCGACUGCCAGAUUAGUGGGGUUUUAUUGUAAUGUGCAUAUUUUUCUUGUUCUGCCACCUAAACAAAUUAUGACCCUAUCAGUCUUCAAUUGUUAUUAAUUUUUUUACUCAAACCAGACUCAAAGUAAAAAAAAAAUAUACUUUAUCUACUGAUUUAAAAUUGAUAAAACCACAAAUUUUUAGUUUUUUAAUGGUUUUGUAGUCUGGGAUAUGAAAUGGGCUGAGCAUGCGUAUCUAAAGUAAACUACUUAUGAUUUCAAGUCAUUAUUAUGGUCAUGAUUUUUCUUAAAAUCCACUAUCUGAAAAUUUAAAGAAAAGUGCUGUUCAAAUAAUUGUUUCUUGUUUGAAAUGUAACUUAAGAGGCCUACAAACUAUGGAUUUAUUCUUGCCAUGUUGAGGAGUACAUUAAAAAUAUAUAUUCUAUAUCCUUUAGUUUAAUUUUAUUUAUUAGUGUUGAUUGACUAAUCUUUCUCUUUCAAAUUAAGACAAAUGUGUGUUUUAAAGUCUGAAUUUCAUUUUUUAUUUUAAAACCCUGUCUGUUUUACUUAAAUUAUCAGGGGAAUCUUUCUCUUUCUUGGUCGAUCACAGAUUAGAGAAAAUUUGUUGAUUGAAGGGUCAUCUCGCCUUUUUUAAUGGCCAAUACACACUUAAGAACUUCUUAGAAUCUUCAUUCUUUUGAGUCGGUCAAAUUCUAUUUUAGUGACAGCUUAGUCCCGCUUUAUUUCUUUUACACCCCCCCCCCUCUUGAACAGCGACAUACUGUUUUAAAUCCACCAUAAUGUAUAUAGAAACGUUUGGAGGAUGAACAUCAUUCCUCCCAUGCUCGCCCCAGUUCAUAUCUUCAGGAGUUGGCUUUCCCAUAUUUUUGUUCCUUUCAAACUACAUUUAAAACAGUAUUCUCAUUCAUAGGCAUACAGAUAAAUAUUUUAGUAAAAUUUAUUUUAAAAUCUAGUCAAGUUUCUUAGAACUAAGUUUUUAAUUUGAAAUGUCGAUUUGCCAUAUUCUAAUUUUACAUAGGCAUUGUGUUGGUGCAUAAUAAAUAAAUGACCAUAUCAAGACUAA